ACGACGCGCGACGACGUGCCUAUACGUUCAUCGCAGUGUUCGUUUUUGUUCGUUAUCGCUCAAAUACGUCCCCCUCCACGCCGGCCCCACCACGGCACACCCCACUUGUCCGCACGGCGUACUGAACAUCCGCCGCCGCAGUCUUUCGCUCCGGUAACACACAUACACAAUAAUAAUAUACAAUAUCACGAAUUCACAAUAUUCACUGUGAAUAGUGAUAGAAAAAAACGAGAAAAAAUAUCGAAAACAAAAAAAAUACGGCGACGACAAACGUAAGAUCGAACGCGUUCCGUUUUUCCAACCUAUCACCCGUUGUCGGGCACGCCGUUGUUUUGGACUCGUCACCGUGUUUUUGUUCCUCCCGUUCACGACUUUUUUGUUAUUAGAUAUUUAGAUUAAUCAUUCCUCCGCUCCUGUGGAUCAUAGUCCGCCACCGCCGACCACGGCAAAUGCGCUAUUAUUGCCGGACCACGACGUUUGCGCCCCAAACCCGUUGAUUCCGUUAUCGCGCAUUGCACGCACUAUAUAUCGUAUAUCGUGCGGUACCCGAUAAAAUAUCGCGUAGUCCAGUGAUAUCAAACACGGGUGUCCGUCUGAAAGUUAUCGAAAUCCCUCACGUACGCGACGGUAACGUAAAAUCGAAAACCAAAUAUCGCCGCCGCCGUCGUCCCACUGCUGUGACACUGAGCGAGAUGACCGAAAAUCGUAACGCGACAGUAAUUGAGCCCGCACAUCAAUAUUUGUCCUGAACAUUCGCUGCUCGCUGCCAUCGGUCCGUUGUAAAUGUUCACUGGCGAUUUAUGUAAAAUGGUUAUCUACAAUGAACCUGCGAGUUGAGUAAAAUACCGGUAAAGCAUUUGCAACUAAAAAAAAGAUAAUCCAUCACUAUGGGAAAGCUGCUUUCCAAAAUUUUUGGUAACAAAGAGAUGAGAAUACUUAUGCUUGGUUUGGAUGCAGCUGGAAAAACAACUAUCUUGUACAAAUUGAAAUUGGGUCAAUCUGUGACAACAAUACCAACAGUUGGCUUCAAUGUAGAAACAGUGAUUUACAAAAACGUGAAAAUUAAUGUUUGGGACGUCGGGGGUCAAGACAAAAUACGUCCACUAUGGCGACAUUACUAUACAGGCACACAAGGUUUGAUCUUUGUAGUGGAUUGUGCAGAUCGUGAUCGUAUAGAUGAAGCUAAGCAAGAAUUACAUCGGAUAAUAAAUGACAGAGAGAUGAGGGAUGCAAUAAUUUUAAUAUUUGCCAACAAACAAGACUUGACCAAUGCAAUGAAACCACACGAAAUACAAGAAAAACUUGGACUAACAAGAAUACGGGAUAGAAAUUGGUAUGUUCAACCAUCGUGUGCUACCACAGGAGAUGGAUUACAUGAAGGCCUCGCUUGGCUCACAUCAAAUUUUAAACAAUGAUAUCAAAGUAUAACAGAAUAUUAUACUCAACAUAUUAUCAUUAUUCAAUUUAAAAGAAGCUUAGGACUAAAAGAAAUUCCAAACGUACAAAUUGAGUACAUUACUUAUUGUUAAAUGUAAAAAUGAACAUCAAUAUUUAAACUAAGAUGUCCAUUUUAAUAUAUAACUACUCUUUGAGAGGACUGGCCUAAUAAAAUACUGAAUUAUUCACAAUUGUUUAUAAUAUUAUAAUUAUAAUUUGUAAUGUGUACUGAACAAAAUUGUCAUAAUAUGCUAAAACUGCCUAACUACCCUUUUGAUGUGUAUAUUUGUAAAUUGAUUCCCAAUCAGUAUCAGUAUACAUAUUAGCUUAAACAAUAAAAAGUAAGCAAUAUUAUAUUUAUACAUAUAAAUUAAUUAAUAAUGAUUUAAUAUUUGUUCUCAAGUUUAGAAUAUUUUAUUUAGGCCUGUAAAAUAGUAUAUUUAAUAUGUACUAAGUAUCAUAAUAUUUUAUACAUAAAUACAGUUCAUAAUAAUUAGGAUUUUAUUUAAAAAAAUUGUAAUAAUAUUGUUUCAUGCGUGGAAGAAUCCUAUUUUUUAUUUUUAUUGUUAUUUAUUAUUUUGUACAAAAUAUUGAAUAAA